AUGAAUGAUGAAAUUCAAACAUUUGUCGAGUUUUUACUCGAUACUGAAACAACAUCCGAAACAUUAUUUAGUAAAGCAAUUACAGAAAAACACGAUUUAUACAAUAAUGUGCAUAAUGGUUCCAUAUUUGAGAAAGUAGUUGAUCAAAAAUUACAACAAUGGAAACGCUAUUAUCAAAAAGAGCAAGGUGCCAUUGCUGAUCGAAUAGCUAUUAAUGCUGGUAAUGAAACAUCAGAUGAUGAAUCAGAAAGUGAAUCUGAAGAAGAAUCAUCAUCGGAUAAUGAAGACGAAAAAAUAUCACAAUUACAAAUCCAUGGAAAAAGUCAGACAUUUCAAUUGAUUAAACAAUCUGAUGUGUUAAUUGAUCCAGUUAGUCAAUGUAAACGACUUCUUGAAUUUUUAUAUUAUUGUCAACAAGAUCAUAUUCAUUUGACUAAACUUUAUUUUCGUACUCUUGAUCAUUGUAUUAAAAAUGAAAAUGAAAAGAUCAGUAGUAUUGCUUUACAACAAAUUGCUUUACAUUUAUUAGAUAAUAUUCAUGAUGAAAAAGACUAUCACCAUCUUAUGAAAUGUUUUCACUCAAAUUUAUCAUCUUCUACUAUAUCUGAAAUACAUAAACCUAUAGUAAAAAUAAUUCAAACGCUUAUUUCAAGAAAUAAAAGUGAACAAGAUAUAAUAACAGUGAUGUCAUCCAAUGACCUUGAUAUUCUUUAUCCAUAUAAAGCUCGUUUUCUUGAUUUACAUCGUGAAUUUCGUGAUAGUGCAAAUUAUUUUAUUGAUGGUGAUUCAUUAAUUCUAUUUGUUGCUCAUCAUAUUAAUAUUGAUCUUCUUACAUAUUAUGGAAAUACUCUUCAUGUUAUUUAUAGAAUUGAACGUAUUCUUCUUACACUUUUUAAUCAAACACAACAAUGUAAUUAUACAUUAGUAUUUUUCAAUUGCCAUUAUCAAUUAUAUCACAAUGAGAAGUCUAUAUUAUGUCUGAUCCGUGCUUGUCUUAUUACUCAUCUAUUAAAAAAUAUAAACAAAUAUGGAUCAUCAAAAGUACGACAAUUUUCAUCAUGGCUUGAUAAAGAAUAUAUAAAAUUUGCUUAUGAAGAAAAACCACAUUUUAUAUUUUAUCAUGAUAUGACAAGUUUUGAUAUCUGUAAAAAUACUCUUUUAUCAAAAAAUACAUUAAUAAAACUUCUCUAUAUUUAUCGUUUAUUUGGUAAUUAUCAUCAAUAUUAUUUUCAAUGCAGUUUAUAUUUAAUGAACAAAUUAAUAUUAACUGAUACAAUAGUGAAAUGUUUUCGAGUUGUAUUUAUGAAACAAUGUUCAAUGAAUUUAUUGGAGAAAAGAGUUAGAAAACUAUCACCUGAUCGAAAUUCUAGUACUAUUUUGGACCAAAAUGACUCGAUUGAAUUUGGAAGAAGAAUAUAUGACAUAACGAAUCAAGAUGAUGUACGACUUUUUAUUUAUCUCAAAACAAUAAUGAAUUUCACUCAAAAUAAAAAAGAACAAUCAAACAAACAAAAUUUAUUCAAUCUUCUUAGUCCACUACUUAUUCUUCACGUAGCUCUUCUUAUUCGUUUAUCAUUAAUUGAUCGCCAUCUACCAUCAAACUUUCCUUCUAUUACAUUUAGUUCGAUAUUUUCUGAUGUAAUUAUUGAAUUUCAACAACAUCUUGCACUAUGUCUAUCCUCAUAUUAUUCAUCGUUAUCGUAUGCAAAAGUAGUUGACAUAUUCGAUGGACGUCUUUUUGUUUUUACUCUCUAUCAACUGAAUCAAUUAUCAUCAAAGAUAAAGUUUGAUUCAAAUACGAUGAAUAUUGUCAAACAAUCUUUAACCUUAUUGAAAGUUUCUAUAGAUAAAGAUAUAUUUCGUAAUAUAGUACAACAAUUAAUUCAAUCCAAACAUAUUAUAGUUACAUCUUCAACACUUGACAAACAACUGAUUCCAUUUGAAAAACAGAAAAUUACAAAAAUAUCAAAUUCAUUUAUUGAUAUUUAUUUAAAACCCAUACUUUCAGCAAAAAAUCAAUGGACAUUUGAUUUUGUGACUCCUGAUAACACUUCUUUAGCUCGAUAUGAAGGAAAAUAUCAUUGGCAUGUAUAUAAAGAGGUUGGUGAUGAGAUAAGUCGUGUACGAGAUAAUCAAGAAAAAUAUAAAAAUUCUACUAAAUAUCGCUAUCGAACCAAAAAAUUACAAAAAUUCUAUACCUACUUCACUUUGUAUGGUAAAUCGUUGACAAGUCGUGAUGUGAGAGAUAAUCAACUACAAAUUGUUCUUCCUGCUACUCAAAUAAAUGAAGAAAUGAAUAAUAUAGAUAAAGCAGAUUCUGCAUCUGGUGAUAAGAAACACAAAGAAAAAAGUCAAUCAGAAAAAUUUCAUCAAACAAAACGUGACAAAAUUAUCGAAGAAAAUAAACAACGAAAAAUAGAUAAAUGUAUUAUAGAUGAAACUGAUCAACUUAUUCAUGUUAAAGAUUCAUUAAAACAAAUUCCAUUCGAUAAUUAUUCAAAAGCUAUUGAAAUUAUUGAUGGAAGUUUAUUUAAAUGUAAAAUAUCUAAAAAUCGUCUUGAAUUACUUAAACAAAAAUUUCAUUUACAACGAAAAUAUUUAAAAACAUUAAGAAAGAAAAAUAUUUUAACAAAUGAAGAAAAAUCUAAAUUAGAUUAUCUUGAAAUUGAUUAUUUUGCUACGAUGACUGAAAUAGCUUAUCUUGAAAAUACUAUUGAUCUAUUUGGUGAAAAGCAAAAAUAUAUGAAAGAACUUAUUGAUAAUUCAUUAUUAGAUCAAGAAAAAUGGUAUCGAUUUCAAAUGGAAAGAAUCAAUAGUCGAUUACCAAGACGUGAACAUGGUAUACCUGAUAGUCGAGUAUCUGAUUUCAUUCCAGAUAAUUGGCAAAGACAAUUUCUUGAUGCUGUUGAUAAACAACAAUCAAUUAUAAUUGUAGCACCAACUGCUUCAGGUAAAACUUAUGCAUCCUAUUAUGCCAUGAAUAAAGUACUCAAAGAUCGGGAUAAUCCAAAUGGCAUUUGUGUAUAUAUAGCACCAACAAAAGCACUUGUUAAUCAAGUUGCUGCUACAAUUCAUAAUAAAUUUGGUCCUGUAUUUGGAAUAUUUACACGAGAUUAUCGCUCAAAUAUGGAUGGAUGUCGAAUAUUAGUUACUAUUCCACAAUGUAUGCAAAUACUUCUGCUAUCACCUUGGCAGCAACGUUGGUGUCAAAGAAUAAAAUAUGCUAUUUUUGAUGAAAUUCAUUGUAUGUCUGGUGACAUUGGAUCUGAUGUAUGGGAAAAAUCAAUGUUACUCAUUAAUUGUCCUAUGAUUGGUCUUUCAACAACAGUUAAUAAUGUAGAUGAAGUAUGUCGUUGGAUUGAAAAUGUUGAAAAUCAACGAUCGAAAUUAUUUCAAACAUCAAAACCACGCCGAGUAUGUUUUAUUGCUUAUCAUGAACGUAUAGCUGAUUUGAAUAAAUAUUUAUAUUCCAAUCGACAACUACAUCCAAUUCAUCCAAUUGGUUUGAUGACUACAAAACAAUUAAUAACACGAGGUGUUCCUAAAGAUUUUUCAUUAUCACCUUAUGAAACUUUACAAUUAAAUGAUGCUAUGAAUACCUUAUCAGUCAAUAGGAUAGAAAAUCAGAUCGACUCUAAACCAGUGCCAGUAUUAACACAAUAUUUUUCACCAGAUUGGAUAAUUGAACGAAAUAAAUGCAAUGAUUAUUCUCGACUUGUUUGUAAUCAAUUCAAUAGUUUGAUUAAAAAUAAAGAAACUUUAAUUAUUGAUUCAAUUACAACAUCUCUCAAACCGAUUACUUCAAAGGAUAUUUAUUAUCCUGAAUCAAAACCAAUAUCAUUAUUAAUUGUUGAUUUUAUAUUAACAUUAAAAGAAAAAGAUCUUUUACCUUGUAUUGUUUUUUCGGAUAAUCGAUUAUUAUGUGAAAAUAUGGCUACACAUAUUGCUGAAUAUUUUGAAAAUUUAGAAAGAGAUUUAAGAGAAACAAAAUAUAAAAAUCAAAUUGAAUUAUUAAAUAAACGUUUGAAAACAGUUGAAAAAACUCAGAAAAAAAUCAAAUCGAAAAAAAUAUCAAAAUCUUCUAAACAACGAAAUUAUGAUGAUAAUAAUAUUGUUGAAUCAGAAACAUUAGAAGAAGACAAAAAUCAUCCAGUAAUACUUUCUGGUCUUGAACAACAGUUAUUAAAUGGUAUUUUAGAUGAAGGUACAUUAGCUAAUCGACAUGGAUGUAAUCGAGAAUUAGUUGAUUCUCUAUUAGAACGAGCAUCAAGGGAAAAUCCACGAUUAGUUGGAUAUAUACAACGAGGUGUAGCUUAUCAUCAUGCUGGAUUAAAUAAUAAAGGUCGAGCAGCUGUUGAAGCACUUUUCCGUAAUCGAUAUAUUCAAGUGGUUUUCUCUACGGCAACACUUGCUUUUGGUAUUCAUAUGCCAACAAAAACUGUUGCUUUUGUUAAUGACUCAAUUUAUCUUGAUGCAUUACAAUAUCGACAAUCGUCGGGUCGUGCCGGUCGUCGUGGUUUCGAUGUACAAGGUCAUGUUGUAUUUAUUGAUAUACCUUUAUCAAAAAUUAGCCAUUUAAUAAUAUCAGCUAUACCAAAUAUUCGUGCACAUUUUCCUACAAGUGUUACAUUUUUUAUGCGUCUUCUUCAUUUAUGUUCAAAUAGUAAAGAUUCAAAUGAUGCAAUAAAUCGAUCAUUAAUUGCUUUACAAUGUCCUUUACUUGCACAAUCAUUUAUGAAACAUCAAUUGAUAGAUAUUCAAACACGUUUUCAUUCUUUAUUUACAUUAGAUUUUCUUUAUCGUUUAAAUUUAAUUAAUCAACAUGGUGAUCUUAUUGGUUUAGCUGGUCUUCUAACACAUUUACAUUAUUUUGAACCAGCAAAUAUUUUACUUGUUUAUCUAAUGUAUACUAAAUAUUUUGAUUCAGUUAAAGAUGAAAUUGAAAUUAUGACUAUAUUUGCUUAUCUUUUUACUAAUAUGCCAUGGUUACUUACACGUCAUGAAUAUAAUGAUCUUUCAGAAUAUCGACGAGAAUCAAAAUUUAAUUCGAAAUUAUUUUUGCCACCUAUUUCAAAAGAAUUUCGAAAACAUAUUGAUAAAUAUAAUAGUAUAGUUAAAGAUGUAUAUGGAUGUUAUAUUGAAAAUGUAACAAAAUAUUUACGUUCAUUGAAUAAUAAACAAGAAGAAGAAAUAUUGCCAUUUUCAAAUAUUUCAUUUGCUCAAACAAAAGAUUAUGAUAAUGGAACAUUUGAAUAUAAUCUUCAUUAUCAUCAAUCACAACAAAUACAAAAUCCAUCAAUAUCACCAUUUGCUGGCCUAUCUGGUCUUACACAUGAAAAUUUAAUGUUAAAUUAUAAUUCAAUUGUUAGUUCAUGGGAUCUUGUUUAUCAUCUUGAUUUAUCACCAAAAAUUAUUCCUUUUAUUGAUAUUGAUUGUCGAGAUCAUACGAAUACAACAUAUCAUUUGAAUAGUUAUGGAUUAGAUUUUUUUAAACAAGGUUCUGAAGCAUCAUUGAUUAAUGAAAAUGAAUUAAGUCCUGAUGAUACAUAUAGUCUUUUAUCAGAUCUUCAUUUUGUACUUUUAUGUGUUAAAAAAUCAUUAAAAAUUAUUAUAAAAAAUGAAGAUAAACAACCUACAACUAAAGAUAUAGCAAUAUUUAAUUCAUUAUAUGAAUCAUUAUCACAUGUACAACGUAUUUUCGCAAGAAACUUUCAAAGACAAUAUUCACCUCGUAAUAAAAUGCAAAUGAAUUCAUUUUGA